GAAGGGGGCGGGCCCGGGGCUCGGUGGGGCUCUCCCUCGCGGCUGUGCCGGCACUGCGGCGGGGGUCCGUCCCCCGCACCCGCGCUGGCUCUGCUGCUUGGCGGCCUUAGGGACCGGGCAGGCGCGCUGCCGAGCCAAGGGGAGGCCGGGCCUCGGGCCUCGGCAGCGAGCUGCCGAGCGCCGGGCCUGGCCCGGCCUCGGCCUGCCCGUGCCGGCGUGGCCUCCAUUCCGCACGCCGGCGGUUGUCCGCCGCCAGCAGCCUUUCUAGCAAGGGGCGGCCGUGGCAGCGGCUCUGGCUUGCUUUCAGACUGGCCUCCGGGCAGCUCCUUGCAGCAGCCACCCAUCCCCCGCCCGGCCCGCCAGCCUGGCCUUGCGGGCAGGCCGCUGUAGAAGAGGUAUCUCGAAGGCGUAUCUCGUCUACAUACACGCACCAGGCUGAAUUUGCAGGCCGUGGCCAGCACUGCUGGCUGACAGAGGUCCUGUCCUCCGGCAGGACCCGCGGGCCCCUCGCUGGUCCCUCGGGACAGCUGUUCGGCAGGCAGAGGGAUUGCCCUGCAGCUUCAGUACGUUCAUCGGAACCUUCCAUUUAGCUGUAUGAAAAGCCAAGCAAGUGCUGCUCGUGUGGUUAGUUAUCCCUGUGUUUUCUUUUUGGCAAUUAAGGACAUGGGUCGUCUUGCAGAGUAGAAGAUGAGACCGACAGAUGUGGCUGUGCUGAGUAGGCAGAGGGUGCAGAAGUAGACAUCUGGAAAAAUAAGAAAGAAAAGCACUGUUUCCAUGUGCCCCAAGAUGCCUCGGCCUAUAGCAGGUGAUACUGAAAUGAGGCACAGAGAUGUAGAAGGCCUAAGGCAUGGACUACUCUUUGAUCCUAUAAAGUUUAUCCUGGUUUUCAUGAAACACCCCUGUAAGUGGCCAGCAAUACAUCUCAUUGCCGCUUCUCUUUUGCUUGCACUUCCUGCAGUUUUUAUAGAAAGGUAUUUUAAAAAGCAGAACAUUCCAGCCAUUGCUCCAGGAAGAAUGAAAGGACAGUCAGAGCAGAUCACGUACCCAGUGACCCUGAAAGUAAAAGGAAUGCACUCACACUUGCAGUUGUGGUCCAAGUGGGAUACCCCAGCCCACAGAUGGCUAGACAGACACGUCUACAAGCCCUUACUGCAUCAUGGUUAUGACAAGUGGCAGGCCUGGCUGGCUGCGUUCCUUCUCUCUGCAUGUUUCUGCGAGGCAGAUGUGCUGCAAGAGCCUCCAACAGGCUGCUCCACCAUGCAGGAAGGCCAGCAGGGUACUGCGAGCCACCCCAGCAUCGCCUGCGGGAUCCAGGCCAGCCCGUCCCCCUGGAGAUCAGUGCAGGAGUUUGCGGCUGCAGACCAGUUCCCAUGGGUGGUGGCACUGCAGGACAUGCAGCGCAACCUCCUCGCCUUCGGCUCCAUCCUGAACAAGCACUGGAUCCUCAGCACCGCAUCCAGCCUGCAGAGCAGGUCCGUGCCCUGUGAGGGGCCCUGCAUCACCCCAGGCAAGGCUGAGGAAUCAUCAGGGCAUAACAGCACCUCAAUUGGCUCAGGAGGGUCUUGUUGCUGCCCAGCAGCUGGGCGAGCAUCCUUUGGUCAGAGCGGGGGCAGGCAGAGCUUGUCCCAGGCUUUUCGUUGUACCCAGUCCCCUCUGUCCACCCCCUGCAGGCAGCAGAUGCUGGCCUUGGUUGGGCUGAGUGACAUGAAGAGGUGA